AUGGGACCAAUUGCUUUGUAUGGCAUUGAGAAGGUAGUUCGUCACCCAGUCGAGGAUUGUCUGGCCGUAAUACUAGGUAUUUCCAUAGUUGGCGUGGAGAAUGAUGAGAUACUGAUCCUCAACAACCCGAAGCUGCUCGCUGCUCCAAUGCGCAGCCGGAAAAAUCAAUCGCCGUUUCCGAAGACUACACGUACUGUUCGCAAUUUCCUAGACCUCGUCUUUCCCGUUCGGUAUCUGGAAGACCUGGUUUUUCUCCCUUCCGAAACUCACAGACCGGUCCUCCAGAAUGUCGUGAAGGUCUUUUGCAAGGAUGCUUCCCAAGACCCUCCACUGGUAUCUGACAAACAAGCUCAGCCCUGUCGUCUAUGGCUUCCUAGAGCAAGAUCGUUUCUUCUGUCCCUGCAAUGUUCUCUUGCUGAUGACUUAGAUCUUGGCCUAAUUGUCUUGAAAGAUGUCAACGCAAGCAUUGUCUAUCUCGUUGAAGGUGCUGAGAUGUGGGCGCAACUCGGAUAUGAGGCAUCUUUAAUACGAUCCACUCACACCAGUACCACUGAGGCUGAGAGGGUUCUAGACAUGAGCUUCAAGCUUUGUAGCCGAAGAGAUUUCGAUUGCCAUUCAUCUUCAUCCUUUCCUAUUAGGAUUCCUCUGCUAGAGUUGGAGUCAGUGCACCUACGUCUACACUUUACUGGCGAGAGUCUGUUGGACGAACAGGGACAGAUCAUCGCCGUUCCCGAACCAAGGAAUGGUCUAGGUGAUCGUUCUUUGACUAGCCAGCAUGUGGACAGGAACCCACCCAGGAACCUUGUUCUGGCGAGCCUACAGCUGCAGUCUACACCGACUAUAAAUUUCGCGGCCAAGCCUUCACCGUCAAGUGAACAGGUACCAAGGAAGGCUAACGAGCAGCGACCACGAUUGGACGAAGACGUCCUUUUCGCGCUAUUUGACGCGGGAGUGCGUGGCAGUAUAUGCUCCAAACCCAUUCGCUUGUAUGCAGGUGUCAAAUGCCUAACUGAUCAGAACACUCUGCGCCUGUGCGACCUCGCCCCUGCUACAUUCACCCCAAAUUACAUCCAAAUGUUCGAAGAGCAGGCAAGAUUCAUUCCGACUGUUUCCAGAUUCUUGGAGACUCUCCUCGGCAUUUCAGAGUCUAGUGCUCCACCACAGCAGCUUGAAGGAUCAGUUAACUCGGGGUCUGGAAGUCAUGACAGGGAGAGAGAAACUGCAGAAAACCUGCAGAAGGAUCUCUGGUUCACGAUCAUGAAUGGCGUGCGAUGUCACGCAUCUGCUCGAAGUCUUCGACCUCUGCGCCGUCCAAACGACAAACCGCCCGAUUCCCUCUGGGACUUGUUGCAUCAUCCAAAUAUGCCAUGCCACUCAGAGACGGAAGCGAGGGAUGGGUUUGAGCUUGGAUCCGAGCCAGAUUUUGAUGAUGAAGCCAUGAAUCAAGACGAUUGCAAUUUUUGCCUUAAAUUUGAUGGCCACGCUAAUACAUCUAGGUGUUACGUCUACACAGUAACAGCGGAAGAUACCAAUGGCGAUUUUUGUGGUGCAGCAAAAGAGUUGCAUGACGUGGAACUCAAAGGCGGUGGCUAUAGGCUAGAUAAAACCUACGACUGCCCGAUUGAACCCAGCAGGACUGCCCGUCUCCCACCUAACGAAAACAGAAAGUACUCGGACAGCAUGUCAGGGACAAGUGAUGUGUCAAUGCUUCUGGCCUGCGAAGGACCUAUGAAUGAAGGACGCAUAAUCAGGCAGUCUCGUGCCAUUGGUUCACCGGCCUGGCUUACUCAGAAUGUCAUCCGCAUGCAUCCGCUGAGGCAGCAACGCCAUGAGAAUCAUCGAGUGGACCAAGAAAACAGCCCAUGGAAGAGGGACAGCUUAUAUGAGAGGCCUGACCUCGGCUGGUGGUCAGAUGCGAGUGAUGCAAGCGAAGUGCCCCUCGAAGACUGUCGUGACCACUAUACAAAGCCUCAACUAGCCGACUUCAGCUCAUAUCCUCCUUCCUUCAGCGAGGAAGGUUGGGUCCGAGACUACCUGGACUUACAGCGCAACUCGGACGAGGAAGGUCUUGUUGGUGGCAGGACAACACCCAUGUCAACAAGCCAGCCCGAGGAACAAUCGAACAGCUCAUUGACAGAAGUACUUGGAAACGACCAUUUGUUGUGGCACAUGUGGAAAAGGCGUGCGAGCGUGGCUCCUCGAGGAGAAGAAGACGUCACCGACUUGAAGACACUGUAUGCCACAGAUCCAGACAUGAAGCUGUUCAGUUCAAGAUGGGACCUCGAUCCUAGUGACAUCAGUUCCGGAAGCAACGACGACCCCAUGCUGCAAGAUCUGAGAGAUAGUCGACCAUCUCCUCGUGACAAGGCUCACUCACCAAUGACACCCAAUUCAGAACGACGAUCCUAUUUCACGUCAACACGGUCCUCCUCAUCCUCAACCUAUGUUGGACGAUCAAGUGCCGACCCCAAGCGACGGUCAAGUCUCAUCAAACGUUUCACUUGGGGAGGCCGGCACAAUGCCUCCGAAGCACCUGCACUGGAUGUCAGCAAGCUGGAACAACGGACAAUGGAGGUCAAGAGGAGGAAGACGAUGGACGACUAUGAAAUGAUGGACAGAGAGGCAAGCAAUGAUGACUCCAGCGACAUGCUGUUUUAG